AUCUUUUUUAUUCAUAAACAUUUUGAUUUUGCAGUAUACGCUGCCUAACUUAGAACUUGACAGAGAGAGUGGAAGGAGAGGGUGGAGUAGAGAUCAAGCAAGAAACACACACAUAGCCAGGUACCCUUUUGUUCCAUUGGUGAAGCAAGCAUAUAUGCCAAAUUUCGACAUGCAAAUAUAUUAUUUUCAGCAAUACAAACUUAGUUAAUUAUAUACUUAUACCAAUACCAAGACCAGUCCUCAAAACCCCAACAAAAAAGCAGGAGAAAAAGAAGAGAAAACUUCCAUCUCUAAUCUAAGAUGUACCCAGUUGGCCCUUUCCAUAUCUUCAUUUGUACACAUAACUAAGCAAAGUGUCUCUUCACAACUAAAAAAACAAUCCAAAGAAUCCCUCUUUUUCUGCCACUUGUACACUUUUUUUUGCACUCCCUCUCCCUUUAUUUAAUUCCAUCCCAUUAUUUCUCAUGCAGUCCCUUGUUUUGUUUUGCUUUGCUCGGCUCUGCUCUGUUCUGCUCUGUUCUGUUCUUCCAUGCACACUAAUUAAACUCACCUGCGGCUGAUUUAAGUAAGUUCUAGUUGAGAGGCUAAACAUCAUCAAAACCUCAUGGAUCUUACCAGACUCUGCCUUCUUCUUUUCUUUAUAUCCACUUGUGCAACCCAUUUCUUCCCUCAAUGUGAUGGUAGGAGUGUUCAUAGAAAGUCAAAGAAACUCCAACUGGCGAAAUACUUAGAUGUAAUUGGUCGAAAGGUGAGCCACGUGGAUGGAGCGACGAAUUCCCAGCCUUACGUGAGCUCACCAUUCACUCUACCGCCAUUCGAUUCACUGCCGGACAACGCGCCACCUUACUGCUCCUAUCCCCCAAUUACUCCUCAGCCUCCUUCUUCGCCCUUCACCUACAUUUCAUCGCCGCCGCCACCUUUUUAUUAUCUCCCACCUCCUACCCCAACCUACGGCUUUCCUCCGUCUCCACCCAGCCUCACCCCACCUUACUAUUACGAGCCCAGCCCUCCAAGCUACGUUCCGAGCCGGCCACCCUCUCCGACGGUGUUCGUGCCGAGCCCACCCGUGUUCCAACCACCAGUGAUUUACCCUCCACCGAGCGUACCACCACCUCCCCACUCCGCACCUAAUAUAGCCCUGUGGUGCGUGGCCAAGCCCUCUGUGCCGGACCCAAUCAUUCAAGAGGCCAUGAACUAUGCCUGCGGGACGGUGGCGGAUUGCGAUUCUAUUCUCCCUAGCGGACCCUGUUUUAUGCCCAACACGCUCAUAGCCCACGCUUCCUACGCCUUCAAUAGUUAUUGGCAGCGAACCAAGGUGGGCGGUGGCACUUGCGAAUUUGGUGGUACUGCCAUGCUUGUCACCGUCGAUCCUAGUUAUGAUGGGUGCCAUUUCACAUACACGUAGACAUUACGAUGGAAAAUGGAAUUGUUAAUCCACUUUUGAAGAUACGUGAGAAUUCAAAGUUGUACAGAGUAUAGGAUUAGAACAAAUCACUCAUCAUUUUUCCCCACUUUUUUCUUUUUCUUUUUUUACAAAAUAAUCAUUUGGUUGGAAUAAAUUAAUAAGUAGAUUAGAUAUAAUCAUAUAUAUGUUUCAUAGUUUAUUUUAAUAAUUUUGUUAUUUUUUAUUUUGGAACUUUUUUUUAAUAAAUGUUGGAUAAUUUUGUAAAGUGUUGGGACAGAUACUUUUUUGUAUUGAUUAUCAUCUCAUAAUAUAUCCUUUAGAAACAAUUCUUUUGUAAAAAUAGAUUGAAAGUAUGAGUAGGUAAUUGGUACUCUAAAUUCAUACUA